AUGGUUCUUCAACGUGCUCCACAGAAGUCAAUCGUGUGGGGUUAUGGUGAUAGUGAAAAUGUAUCGAUUACGUUGAAGAUGAACGGGAAAAUUUACCGGACGAGAAGUUAUUCAACGAAUGAAAGUAUCUGGUCAGUAACAUUAGAUGCUGAAAGUGAAGAAGGUCCUUUUCAACUAAUUGCUACACAACAAAUGUCCAAUGGAUCUCAGAAAUCGAUCAGUCUCAAUAAUAUUCUUUUCGGUGAUGUAUGGCUCUGUUCUGGUCAAUCUAACAUGGGAAUGGCUGUGCAAAAGAUGUUCAAUAGUUCAAUUGAGAUUGAAAAUGCUGGAAAAUAUCCAAAAGUGAGAUUAUUUGCGGCAUCAAAACAACAAUCAAUUAAACCUGAGGAAGAACUUUUGGGUAUUGGAUUAAAGUGGUCGAUUGCAUCACCGGUAAGUGUUGGUAAUGCGUAUACAUCAGCAGUAUGUUGGCUUUAUGGUCGAAUGAUUUAUGAAGGCCUGGAUGAUAAACGACCUAUUGGCCUCAUUCAUACAUCCUGGGGUGGUACAUCUAUUGAGCUAUGGUCACCACCUGAAGUACUUAAAGAUUGUCAUGUUUCAAUAAACAAGAGGAUAGAGUUUGAAAAUAGCGACGAGACAGAUUUUAAAUUUGAUGCAGCACUGAAUAAUUCAGUCCUAUAUAAUGCAAUGAUCUAUCCAUUUACACGCAUGGUUAUCAAAGGAGUGAUUUGGUAUCAAGGUGAAUCUAAUGUCAUUUAUAAUCGAGAUAAGUAUCAGUGUACAUUUCUUAAAAUGAUUCAAUAUUGGCGACGCAUAUGGCAAAAACGAACAAAUUUGACAACAGAUCCAACAUUUCCAUUUGGUUUUGUUCAAUUAUCGACAAGAGAGUCAAGUGGUAAAAUUAUAGGUGGAUUUCCAUGGAUUCGAUGGCAUCAAACUUUUGAUAUAGGAUUUACACCUAACAAUGCUACGCCAAAUGUUUUUAUGGCAACAGCUAUGGAUUUACGUGAUGAUGAAGGAGGUAUUCAUCCUCGAACAAAGCUUGAUGUUGGCUAUCGUCUAUCUCGAUCCGGUCUUGCUAUUGCUUAUGGGCAAACGCAUGUUACUUAUCAAGGUCCAAUUGUUCGCGAAUUCGGAAGGGAUAGCGAUGAUCGAAUGAAUGUUACGUAUUGGAGUACUAUAUCAUCUUCCAUUGAGUUACGCAACCCGAAUGGAUUUGAAAUAUGUUGUCAAGUAAAACAACUAUGUAUGUCAAACGAAACGGUUUGGUUAGCUGCACCUGCGAAUUAUAAUCCAAAAUCACCUAUUACUGUUAAACUUAGCAUACCAAUAAUAUGUCAAACCAAAAACGUUCAUGGUAUUCGUUAUCUAUGGCGAGAAACACCUUGCUUAUUCAAACAGGCUGCCGUCUACAGUACGGCAGAUUCGAAUCUACCCGCUCCACCAUUCAUUCAGUUUCUUUAA